AUGGAUCAAGAGGUGGUAAUGUCAAUGAUCUUCCACGGAAUAAAACUAGUUAAAACGCUCGAGUCAAGCUUACCGGAAAAGCCACCCGAAUCUCUAUCAACCUCUCUCGGCGAGAUCGCAAAGACGUUCGGUGAUGCAAACGAGCGGCUAAAGAUGUUGUUGCUGGAGAUGAGGAACUCCGAGACUGCGUUGAACCAAACCAAACCGGUGAUUGUGUCCGUUUCAAACCAGAUGUUAGUGCAGAUGGAACCAGGUCUGAUGCAAGAGUAUUCGUUUAGGCGUGGCGGGUCAUCAACGUCAUCUCAGGGAACCGAGGCCAUUUUUCAGACGCAGCUCAUGGUCGGAGGAAGGAUUUUGACGGCUGCAGAAGGAUCUGGCGGCGCUAGCGGUUCCUCCACGCCAAGGCUGCGGAGAAGGAAGGACGAAGGAGAAGACCAAACGGUGUUGGUGGCGGCACUAAGGACAGGGAACACAGAUAUGCCUCCUGACGACAACCAUACUUGGCGUAAAUAUGGCCAAAAGGAAAUUCUUGGUUCUAGGUUUCCUAGGGCGUACUACAGGUGCACCCAUCAAAAGUUAUACAAUUGUCCCGCGAAGAAACAAGUCCAACGCCUCGAUGACGAUCCCUUCACUUUCCGAGUCACAUACCGUGGCUCACACACUUGCCAUAUUUAUUCAACCGCUCCUACCACAUCUGUCACCGUAGCCGCCACCACGGGCCAUUCUAUCGACUAUGGUUCCCCUAUCCAUGACAUGACGGACGCUAUGUUUGGUAGCAGCGGAGUCGGAGCCAACAUGGAUUUCAUAUUUCCUUUCAAUGAUCCAACUCAGCGUUUCCGGCGGCUCGACGACGGCGACGAUCACCAAUAG